CAUUAGGUGCGAACCAACACUGGGGGAGCACUUGCCAGUUGUCAUUUGGUUUUCAUUGCAAACGGAACGAAACGAAACGGAACGGCACUGCACACGUGGAUUGUUGUGUUUCUGCUUUUGGAUAUUGCAUCAGCCGAGGACUCACCUCGACAGAAUUUCCUUGGCAAUGGCGGCUGGGGUGUUCAAGAGCUUUAUGCGGGAUUUCUUUGCGGUCAAAUACGAUGAUAAAGAGCAUGAUCCGGAAGCACAGCGACUGGAUGGCAGCGGUCGUUACUAUCCCAACUGUUCCUCGGAUGUCUGGCUGCGCUCCUGCGAGCGUGAGAUUGUGGAUCCCAUUGAGGGUCAUGCCAGCGGCCACAUACCCAAGUGGCUCAAUGGCAGCCUGCUGCGCAAUGGUCCCGGCAGCUGGAAGGUGGGCGAACAGCGCUUUGGCCAUCUCUUCGACUGCUCCGCGCUGCUGCAUCGUUUUGCCAUAAGGAAUGGACGCGUGACCUACCAGAGCCGCUUCGUGGACACGGAGACACUGCGCAAGAAUCGCGCAGCUCAGCGGAUUGUUGUGACGGAGUUUGGCACGGCAGCGGUGCCGGAUCCUUGUCAUUCGAUUUUUGACAAAUUUGCGGCUAUCUUUAGACCGGAUAAUGGCACGGAUAACUCGAUGAUAUCCAUUUACCCCUUUGGCGAUGAGUAUUACACGUUUACUGAGACUCCCUUUAUGCAUCGCAUCAAUCCCUGCACUCUGGCCACUGAGGGACGCAUCUGCCUGAGCGACUAUGUGGGCGUGGUCAAUCACACUUCGCAUCCGCAUGUGCUGCCCAGCGGCACAGUCUACAAUUUGGGCACAGCAAUGACCAAGUCCGGGCCGGCGUACACCAUCAUAUGCUUCCCCAAGGGCCAGCACAUGUUCGAGGAGGCGCACGUGGUGGCCACGCUGCCAUGCCGCUGGAAGCUGCAUCCCGGCUAUAUGCACACCUUUGGCAUCACCGAGCACUAUUUUGUUAUUGUGGAACAGCCGCUGUCCGUGUCGCUCACGGAGUACAUCAAGGCGCAGCUGUCCAAUCAGAAUCUGUCCGCGUGUCUCAAGUGGUUCGAGGACAAGCCAACGAUCUUCCAUUUGAUUGAACGUUCGAGCGGCAAGCUGCUGCAGUCCUACGAGUCGGAGUCUUUCUUCUACUUGCACAUCAUCAACUGCUUCGAGCUGGAUGGCCACGUUGUGGUGGACAUUUGCAGCUACAAGAAUCCCGAGAUGAUCAACUGCAUGUACCUGGAGGCCAUUGCCAAUAUGCAAACGAAUCCCAACUAUGCCACGCUCUUUCGCGGUCGUCCACUGCGAUUUGUGCUGCCUCUCGGCACCAAGAUGCACAGCCACGAGACGGGCUCAGCGGCGGGUAGGAGACGCCUCAUCAAGUCUUUGUCGCUGGCGGGUCUAAGCAGCGCUCAACCUUCGAGAACGCUGAAGCAUUCCGUGUCGCAGUAUGCGGAUAUUACCUACAUGCCCACCAAUGGCAAGACUGCAGGGGAGCAUCCCGACGAAGAGCUGCCACAGCGUGAAGUUAAGCGUGGGCGCUACGAGCUGGAGGCAGCCAUUAAUCUGGUGACCCUCGAAAACAGUCGCGCGGAGGCUUACCAGGAUCCACGUGGCAUCUUCUUGCGUCCCGAAAUGCUCUGCGAUUGGGGCUGCGAGACGCCGCGGAUCAACUAUGACAAGCACAAUGGCAAAGACUAUCGCUACUUUUAUGCCAUAAGCUCCGAUGUGGAUGCACCCAAUCCGGGCACGCUCCUCAAAGUGGACGUGUGGCAAAAGACGAGCCUCAGCUGGUGCGAGGAGAAUGUCUACCCCAGUGAGCCCAUUUUUGUGCCCUCGCCGCAGCCGCAGAGCGAGGAUGAUGGCGUCAUACUCGCCUCCAUGGUCGUGGGUGGACUCAACGAUCGCUACGUGGGCCUCAUUGUGCUCUGUGCCAAGACCAUGACGGAGCUGGGACGCUGUGACUUUCACACCAGCGGACCAGUGCCCAAGUGCCUGCAUGGCUGGUAUGCGCCAAGUGCGGAUUAGGUUUGAUCUUACUCUGAUUUUGUGUAUUAGAAUUAAAACUUUGGAUUCAAGACAUUGGCAAUAAACUCGUGCCACUUGCGCUGAAAGAUGCGA